CUCACUGGAUGUUUAUUGUUUGAGGCAGGGCUGCAGUCUACGGCAGGUAGGAUGUUGAGGCUUCGCUGCAAGACCAAAAAUGGGAGCCACAUAAUGCAGGGCUUGACUCAUCAGUCCUGUGUCGAAGAGCUGAAGAGUAAGGUGGAGGAGCUGACUGGUAUCCCCUGUGAUGUGCAGAAAAUUAUGGUUGGUUACCCACCCUCCAGCCUUGAUCUUCGAAACGGAAAAGCUCACCUCAAGGAUUACCCCAUCAAAUCAGGAGACACACUCAUUGUUGAGGAAGAAAAAAACAAGCCAAAGCCUCAGGAUCACCCCACUGUGACUAAAGCACCACGCCGGGAAGCCUCACCCGUGCUGGCACGUCGAGUGGUCCCGGCUGACAACUCCUGCCUCUUCACCAGUGUGUAUUAUGUUGUGGAGGGUGGUGUAUAUGACCCCACUUGUGCUCCUGAGAUGCGAGGCCUCAUCGCCCAGAUUGUGUCGAGUGACCCUGCAGCUUACUGUGAGGCCGUGCUGGGAAAGACCAACGAGGAGUACUGCGCCUGGAUAAGACGCGACGACACCUGGGGAGGAGCCAUCGAGGUGUCCAUCCUGUCCAAGUUUUACCAGUGCGAGAUCUGCGUGGUGGACACUCAGACAGUCCGAGUGGAUCGUUUUGGGGAGGAUGCUGGCUACCACAAACGUGUGCUGCUCAUUUACGACGGUAUCCACUACGACCCGCUGCAGAAAGAAACCCCCGGCUCUGACGCCCCACCCCAGACUAUCUUCUCCACUACAGACGACGUAAUCCUGGCCCAGGCCCUCGAGCUGGCAGACGAGGCUCGCCGCAAGCGGCAGUUCACGGACGUAAACCGCUUUGCAUUGCGUUGCAUGGUGUGCCAGACGGGCCUGGUGGGACAAAAGGAAGCUCGUGAGCAUGCCAAGGAGACGGGCCACACCAAUUUUGGGGAAGUGUGAACAUCGUCUUUUUUCCCUCUCACAAAUACAACCACCACCAAACCCGUGCCCCAUGUCUGGCAACUCUGUCAGUCUGUCUGUCUGCUUGUGUGAUCCUCUACCUCACAUUGUCCAGUGACAUAUAUGGAGAAUCUGCAGACACUGUGUUCAGCCUCUAACCUGUUCAGUAUUCAUUUUUAACUGCUGUCGGUUUUCAAAGUCAGAUAUGCUACUGCAGUGCUCCGAUGUCAUUAAAUAAUCAUGUUAGUCUGUUUGGGGAUGGUUUAAAAUCUGUUUAACUGGGUCCAGGAAAAUAUGCAAACAAUUCUUGGGAUUUGUUUUAAUCUGUUUUAGAUCAGUCGAUGGCUGGAUUGUAUUUUGGCAAACCAAAUAGUGGCUGAUGCGUUUCCAAUACUUAACUGUGACUGACUGAUAAAUCUGCUAAAAUCCCACUAUCUGGCUCUACAAAGAGUUUAAAACAACUGCAAAGAAUUAUUUGUUCUAUGAUGCGAUCCUACUCACUGUUGUCUUAAACGCAGCACACAAAGUUUGACUGUUAUUCAUCACGUUGGUUAUGUAGCAUGUUUUUUAUUUCCCUUGUGAACAGAGGUUUGUCAGGAACUCUUCCAAUACUUAAAAAAUAAUUUGGUUAACUUUAGAUGUCUGAAUUGUUUUGCACAGUUGGUCUGUGUUAAUGCUAAGCUGGAAAUCAUCUCCAUGCAAAUGUGCUGUUUGCGACAUCACCUUAAAUUUUUUGAGCAGUGGCCAGUGAGAUUGAGGUUAUUAAUUUUGAAAUACAAUAUCAUUAUUACAAAUUGUGAUCCAAAACUAUCCUAUUUACUUAUGUGGGACUUUUUCCCUUUUUUUAAUUUUUAUUUUUUGAUGUUGCGACAUCGUUUAUCAGUGAGCUUGUUUUAAAUUAAACAAAAAAAAAAUUGGUGCUGAAAAAACAAAACAUUUUACGAAGUCUGUAGUGCUUUGCUUUUCUCCAUUGGUACAACAGCUUUUCAGGGGUGUCAUUUUUAAUUCUGGUGUGUAAUUUUCAGGUGUCAUUGCUGUAAGAACUAAUCUUUUUAAAAACACUUUUUUUGUUUUAUAUUGCUGCAUAUUUUGAAAUACACAUCAGCGUUAAUGAGAGGUGUUUGAGCAUUGUAUUUCUGAACACAAAUUAUGGUUAGACAGUGGAGAAUUGACUAGAAAUCUGAAACAAGUGAGCGUGAGUCACGCUGUGUGAGACUAGUCCUGCUCACUUAAGGCAUUUACUGUUCAGGUACAGCCCAUACAUCAUGUACUCAGCAUUAAUUAAACAUUCAUCUUUUAUGUUUACAUCAAUUCUACUUUUUCUUUUCACAUUUGCAGGCCAAGAGCAACUCUAGUCAGGGUGUAAAGGUUUUUUUUUUGUUUUUGCUUUUUAUUUGUAGUGCUUGUCCAGGAAUUGUCACUCAGUUACACUGUAUGUUUUGCACAACUGGAGGAUGUUCUCACAUUUGCAGCUGAAGUCAGGCAUUAUCUCUUUGCUUAUUGGUUUGAUACACACUGCCUACAAGGAUGAAGCAUGCACCUAUUUAUGCUAAACGUCGAGUCAAAAAUGUGUAAUUGGAAGAGGAUGUUAAGAUAUUAUUUUUUUCCUUAUAGCUCAGUUUAUUAUGCAGGACCUGUAUUUCUAUUACACAUAUCUGUGAUGGUAAUAUUGGUACUGCAUUGUUGCCAAACAGAAAUAAGUUUGACAUUGGAGGACUUGAUUGGGAAUUUCUUUUGGAAUUUUUCUCAGUUCAGACUUUGAGAUGGUGAUAGGAAUAAAUGAAAGGUAAAGCAAAAAUGUCAGAUUACUACUUUGUUUGAAUGUGAAUGAACUAUGAUUUUUUUUCCCUCAUCCUUUGUUCAUUUUAUUUUAACAGUAAUAAUGGAUUAAUCCGCCUGCAUACAAGUGAAACUAUGGCUUUGUUGUAUUUUGUAUUAACCAAGUUCUCAUGACUCUUCAAGGACAAUAACAAUGAAUGUUGCACACUAAGCACUACAGAACAACUGGACUUACUUGAUUUUUUUCAGUGUUGUGUCACAAUUAAAAGUUAUAGCCAAUA